AUGAUAGCGUGGGACCUGGAUGCUGCUGGAAUGCUUGCACUUCACAGGCAGAUUUGGGAGCAAUCGCGCAGUAGGCCAAACAUUGACACAGCCGACUUUCGGAUACCGACCACGGGGCAUUUUUGGGAUUUUGACUGUCGGUUCGAGUCGCAAUCUGGGAGCGUGCGGACACGCGGAGAUGUUGUGAGCUACUCCUUCCUCAUCGAAGUUGCGGGCACUUUCGAGGCUCCGCUCUUGAUGGUGCGCUGCCAAGCCCCAGAGACAAGGCCUUCGCAUGUCCCGUCCUCAGUCACCCUCACGCGAUCAGUGCGUGCACCAUUCCAGAUGCCCUCCAUCCAUCUCAAGGUGCCGCUGCAGGAGGACCGACGGAAGCGAGUGAGCACAGCCCUGUGCAAUUCACAGGUCUGGGGGUUCGAGUGGCUGAACGAGAAGGCACCAGGCCUG